CUUAUAAUUCUGCCUUGUCCCCUAAGUUUCCCUCUCUUUUUAUGCACAAAAACUUGCAUAAUUCAAAUCUGAUUGCUCAUUGUGUGAGAUGGAGCGGGAACCGCAGAUUUCUAUGACGGUGGAAGAUUACGACGCCGCCAUGGAUUCCGACUGCGAAUCGUCGGUUGUCCCCCAAUUCGGAGAUUUCGCGAGGGUGGAAGUGGAUCAACCCAAGUACGGCGUGGUUGAGAAGAUGUUUAGGGCUGGACUGGGGGUUCUCGGCGAGGGAGUUAAUGUGGUUGCUCUACACAUGAAUUCUUCGUCCAGCAUCGCCAGGCAUGCCAGGCUUGAAGCUUUCCGCCUCUACGCUCGCGCGGUGGCGGUGAAGCGCGGCGGCGAUGCCAAUAUUAGGUAUGCUUGGUACGGCGGUGCAAGGGAUGAGAUCUUGGGGAUUGUCACUCAUGGAUUUGGGAGGUGUAGCGAUUUUGAAGACCGCGUUUCCAACGGCAUUGGGAUUUAUUUGUCCCCUGCGAAUUUUCCGAUUGAUUGCGCAAUGAGGGCGAAGGAAGAUGAAUUUGGAGUGAAGCACCUGUUGCUCUGUCGCGUGAUAUUGGGGAACACAGAGAAGAUCGCGACUGGAUCGCGGCAAUUCCAGCCAAGCUCCGCCGAUUUCGACUCCGGAGUCGACAAUCCAUUCUCACCUUUACAAUACACAAUUUGGAGUGCUUACAUGAAUUCUCACAUUUUCCCACUCUUCAUCAUCAGCUUCACUGCCCCUUCUUUAUCAGUUUCUGGAACAAGUAAAUUCCCCAAUUCACCACGCGUGGAGUUUUCAGUGCUCAUGAACGUGCUUUCCCGGUUCCUCAGUCCUUCACAGAUGACUUUGAUUCUGAAAUGUUACAACGAUUUUCAGGAGAAGAAGAUUGGUAGGCCUCAUCUGAUCACACGAUGGAGGAGUUUGGUUGGGGACAAGUUGUUACUCUUAGCGAUAAGAAUGUGCGGAUUUCGUCCGACUUAAAAACAGAUAUUUGUUAGUUGUGUAAUUACUGUUUCAAAGUUUGGAUAGAGAAGGGGGCGGUGCAGUUUUGGGCAUUUUGUAAAUCACUUUUCGCAAGAAAAUGUGUAUAUCCAAGAUUCUACAAGUUUUUUUGGGCCUGAUCAGUCUUGUUCUUGUUUCUGAAUUUGUAUAUCUAGAUUGUAGACAAUGUUUAGGAGUUAGGACUCAUUUUUUUCUUCUAUUUCCUCUGUUAUUCGGGAACCACAAUAGCAAAAUAUAUGGUUUUUUUUCCUUCA